CUGACCAGCGUCUCGAACUUGACUCGGAGCGUUCCCUCGACGCUAGCGGUACCACCACUCCGUCGGAGCUCGAAAUCUCUCUCGAGCCGGAGGAGGUUUCCCGGUUCGCGCGACCGGCCGGGGAGGGGGAGGAUCGCCGUCGCUCCUUUGCGUGAUGGCGGUGGGAAGGGAGGAGGUGGAGAUAGUGAAGCCGAGGUCGGACAAGAGGGAGUACCGGAGGGUCGUCCUCGAGAACUCUCUCGAGGUCCUCCUCAUCAGCGACCCCGACACCGAUAAGUGUGCUGCUUCUAUGGAUGUCGGCGUCGACUACUUCUGCGACCCUGAAGGGCUCGAGGGUCUCGCGCAUUUUCUCGAGCACAUGCUAUUUUAUGCUAGUGAAAGGUAUCCAGUGGAGGAUGGUUAUUCCAAAUUCAUCACAGAGCACGGGGGUAGUAGAAAUGCCUUUACAUCAUCUAGAAACACGAACUACCAUUUCGAUGUUAAUGUUGAUAGCUUUGAAGAGGCAUUGGACAGGUUUGCGCAGUUUUUCAUUAAACCCUUGAUGUCCCCUGACGCCACCAUGAGGGAAAUUAAAGCCGUUCAUUCUGAGUACCAGAAAAACUUAUUACUUGAUAGCCGACGGAUGAACCAGCUUCAGAAACAUAUAAGCGAGGAAAGUCAUCCUUAUCAUAAGUUUAGCACAGGAAAUUGGGAUACCUUGGAGAUUCGACCGAGAGCAAAAGGACUAGAUAUUAGAAAUGAGCUCAUCCAAUUUUACAAGGAGAAAUAUUCAGCUAGUCUCAUGCAUCUGGUCGUAUAUUCAAAAGAAAAUCUAGAUGAAAUUCUCUGUCUGGUAGAAGGCAAGUUUCAAGAAAUUCAAAAUACUGACAAAAGCACUUCUCGCUUUCCUGGACAACCUUGCAGCUCAGAGCAUCUACAGAUUCUUGUGAAAACUGUCCCAAUCAAGCAAGGUCACAAACUGAGAGUAAUCUGGCCUGUAACUCCAGAGAUUCAACACUACAAGGAAGGUCCUUGCCAGUAUCUUGGUCAUCUUAUCGGCCAUCAAGGAGAAGGGUCUCUGUUUUAUGUCUUGAAGACAUUGGGAUGGGCUACGAGUUUAUUUGCAGGUGAAGGGGAAUCGUGUUGGGAAUUUGCAUUUUUUACAGUGCAAAUUGAUCUUACUGAUGCUGGUCAUGAACAUAUGCAAGAUGUCAUUGGAUUGUUGUUCAAAUAUAUUAUUCUCUUACAGCAGUCCGGUGUCUGCAAGUGGAUAUUUGAUGAGCUCUCAGCCUUGUGUGAGACUGAGUUUCAUUAUCAAGACAAAAUCCCUCCCAUUGAUUACGUAGUCUGUGUCGCAUCCAAUAUGGAGAUAUAUCCACCUGAACAUUGGAUCGUGGGAUCCUCUAUGCCUUGUGAAUUCAAUCCCGGCACUAUUCAAAUGGUGCUGGAUAAGCUCUCUCCAGACAAUGUCCGAAUCUUUUGGGAGUCCAAGAGUUUUGAAGGAGCUACUGACAUGGUGGAACCAUGGUAUGGAACAGCAUAUUCCAUGAACAGAAUCUCUGCCUCUACUAUACAGGAAUGGAUGUCAUAUUCUCCUGAUGAAAAUUUGCAUUUACCAGGACCCAAUGUAUUCAUCCCUACCGAUUUCUCUCUAAAAAUUUCAGGAGAAAAGAUCAACUUGCCGGUUCUCUUGAGGAAGUCAUCGUACUCAACAUUAUGGUUCAAGCCAGAUACCGUAUUCUCCACUCCCAAGGCAUACAUUAUAAUAGAUUUCAGCUGCCCCCAUGCUAGCAACUCAUCUGAAGCUGAAGUGCUGACUGAUUUAUUUACUCGGUUGUUGAUGGAUUACUUGAAUGAAUUCGCUUAUUAUGCGCAGGUUGCCGGCCUUUAUUACGGUGUGCAUGACACCAACACAGGUUUUCAGGUCACUGUGGUAGGUUAUAAUCACAAGCUGAGGAUAUUGCUGGAAAAAAUCAUCGAGAAAAUUGCAACCUUUAAAGUGAGACCUGAGAGAUUUGCUGUGAUCAAGGAAGUGGUGACAAAAGAUUAUCAGAAUUUGAAGUUUCAGCAACCAUAUGAGCAUGCUAUGUACUGUAGCUCACUAAUACUGCAAGACAACACUUGGCCCUGGACAGAACAACUUGAAGUUCUUCCCUCACUUGAGAACGAAGAUCUCACCAACUUUUUGCCCCUAAUGCUAUCGAGGACCUCACUGGAGCUUUAUGUAGCUGGGAAUAUUGAACGUGGUGAAGCAGAAUCUAUAGUUCAGCAUAUUGAAAAUGUUCUCUUCCAUGGUCCACAGCCAAUAUGUCAACCUUUAUAUCCAUCCCAGCAUCUGACAAAUAGAGUAGUUAAACUAGGAACUGGAUUGAGUCACUUCUACUGUACGGAAGGCCUAAAUCCAAGUGAUCAGAAUUCUGCUCUGGUGCACUAUAUUCAGCUCCCCCUCGCCCUGCUUGCUUCUCCCCCUCUUCUUCUGGUUCACCAGGAUGAUAUCAUGAUGAAUGUAAAGCUUCAGCUUUUUGCUCUAAUCGCCAAACAAGCGGCAUUCCACCAGCUUAGAUCUGUGGAGCAGCUUGGGUACAUAACCGAGCUUAUGCAGAGGAACGAUUAUGGAAUUCAUGGACUACAAUUCCUCAUCCAAUCCACAGCGAAGGGGCCUGGUAAUAUUGAUUUGAGAGUUGAGGAAUUCCUAAAAAUGUUCGAAAGCAAACUCUCUCGGAUGACGAAUGAAGACUUCAAGAGCAAUGUGAAUGCUUUGAUUGAUAUGAAGCUCGAGAAACACAAGAAUCUUUGGGAAGAAUGUGCAUUCUACUGGGAAGAAAUUUCUAACGGGACUAAAAAAUUUGACAGGAGAGAAACUGAGGUAGCAGCGCUGAGACAGCUAACGCAGCAAGAGUUGCUGGAUUUCUUCUAUGAAUAUGUAAAAGUUGGCGCAGCUAGAAAGAAGACACUAUCCAUUCGAGUUUACGGGAGCCUGCACGCAUCUGAGUACACGACCGACAAAAACCAACCGGCUCAACCAUCCUCAGUUCAAAUCGAGGAUAUCUUCAGUUUUCGAAGAUCUCAACCUCUUUAUGGCUCAUUUAAAGGGGCUUAUGGUCAAGUGAAGUUGUAAGGUAUCGAUACUUGUCUUCCAGAUGAAGAAAGUCAGAUAAUGUUAAGGUUCUCUCUAAACAGCAAUAUUUUGGAGUAGAAGGAACGUUGGGAGUAUCCUGCAUUAGAAAUGGACACUGUUGCAGUCGGAGAUCCUCUAUGAACGGGGAGAACUUAAAUGCUGUCCGUUAUUUGCAUUUUUUCUUCAAUUAUAACCUGCAUAAGUAAAGAACAAAGUUUGUUCUGUUAUUCAGCUCAUCUCUGAAACUUGAAACUUCUACGCAGAAGGCAGCAGAAGUCGGCUGACUUAUGUACAAUUUCAGGAACUAGGUUGUGCAUUGGCGACACCCAAAUUGUGUAAUUAUGUAUGUUGGGCCUUCGCUUUCAAUGUCUUUGCCAGUCCUCUCUUGUUUCUUGUGGCAUUUUCCGUGCUAAGGUAAAAUGAGAUUCCUUGGGUGUGUA